UAACAUAGUUGUGACCAAUUCGGAUGCAAGGGGAGCGUACGUGCUAUUAAAUGGAAGGGUGACGUAGCUGGAGUACAGGUGCAGGGGGCGGAGCCGAGGCAUCAGCGAGCCAGACAGGAGGGGGAGCGCAGGAGAAGACAAGAGACGGGAUGUGUGUGUACGCGUAGUGCUCGGCGCUGCAGGUACAGCGGCAGUCGGCGGAUAAAGCUUCAAAUUCCAGCCCUGGCGCAGCGGCAGCAAAGUUGCGGAGAUCGCCCCAUUCCCGUUACGAUGUCUGGCGGUGAUUUGCGUGUGCUCCGCCGUGAGGCUGGACAAGAGAGUCCGAGGAUGCCGGCCUGGAAGAGGGAGAUUCUGGAGCGACGGAAGGCGAAAGGCGGCGCGGCUGGAGCAGGUGCAUCCGAGUCUUGCUCCGGCGCUACCGCAUCCCGGGUUAAUGGUGAAGUAACGGGAGACAGCAGCGACUCCAGAAAUAAAGAUAGCAUUACCGGCGCGAACACCAGCAGGAACUAUACCGUGAAUACAGCCAGGCACCACUUCGCUGUCAAGCGAGGCAGCACCACCGCCUCCCCGGAGCUUUCUCCGGUGAAAACAAAGAAAGAUCCCUGGGCUACCGUCGACCAGCGUGAGUCGACCUCGUCGGAGAAAACUGACAGUGAUCACGGGGAACAAGAGAGGCUCGUACUACAGGACAGUCUAGGCCCGUUACAGGAGAACCCAUUCAUCAAAUUGGAGAAGGAGCGCAAGAAGAGACAGGACCGCGAGAGCGUCUCACGACCAGUGCAGCACAUAUUGGAGUUAUAUGGCAACGUCCCCGGAAUCCGGACAAUCCGCGCUGAGAAUAUUAUCAUCAUCGAAUCCGAUCCGGAUUACUUCCCCGAGGCUGGCGGCGGUAAAACUGGCUCCAGGGUACAGCAAAACGGUACGGUGGGCAGCUACAGUUCCCUCAAUGACCUGAUAGACCGGAGAGGCAGUGCGGUGACCGAGAUACGCGCGAAAGAGGUGGUCAUUUAUGAUUCUUCUCUGAGCAAAAGUGAGGAGAAUUUGAGCACGCUGGGACGUCCUGGUUCUGAUGUGACAGCGGGAUUGGGUGUGGGUCAGGGCAGAGUCAGUCGCAUGCUGCAGAAAUUCGACCGCAAUUUUGGGAAACUGCAGCCUAAGUCUCAUAGCACGGAUAACCUGCUGGACCUAGAGACCCCCUCGAUCAGGCCAAGACCCCAAAUCUCAGCGAAGCCGGACCUAGUGCCAAAAUCAGAGGUCCCACAUCAGUCCGCCUCCGUCACUCACAGCCCAGAGCGCUCGCAGUCUCCCUCUGUCUUCCAGAGUCCUCAGUCUUCUAAGACCACAUCGCAAUCCUCUUCAGAUGAGCAGGAGGGCAUUGGCUGCUCUGAUGGCUCGCCCUCCGUGUCUUCCUUCCGUCGGCGUUUUGAGGUCCCGGGGGGGCGCGACGUGCCGGCGAACCCCCCUGACGGAAAGGAUCGGACCCCAGCUAAACUCCCAAGUGAGCUGGACGAGCUGUCCUCCAAACCCAAGGUGCCAUGCUCGCCGGAGAAGCCCUGCCCAUGUGCCGAGUCGCCUGUCUCUUGCUCUCCACCGCCAUCGCCUCCCUCCCCCGGGUUUGAGUUCCGGCUGGCCCCACGACCCGACCUAUCGGCUCUGCCUCCUGGUGACAUCCAGGCCAGGGCUCUCGCCAACCUGCGCCUGCAAUCGCGCAACUCCUUCACCGUCAUCCCCCGGCGCCGGGGUCCCAUUGCUUCUCCGGGUAGCACCGCGCCAUCCAGCCCUGUGCGAUCCCCACCUUCGCCCACCCUGCCACAGGACUAUGUGGCAGAGGUGACCCUGGCUGCUGUGCCAACCAUGCCCCUUUCCCCCGCCAAGAAGAGCGAGGGGGCCACCAGGCAAGCCAAAAUGGACCCUCCUAAACCAGAGCUUCCCGCCUGCCCCUCGCCACCCCUGGGACCUGAACCAGAACCCCCAGCGCACACCCCCGUGCUGCCAGCGGAGACUGAUCAGCUGCCUGUCACCAACAUCGAUGAUGUUGAAGUGGAGCCCUCCCAGGUGGUCCCAAGUCCAGUGGUGCAGCGUCGUUCAGCGAACACCUUCACGGUGGUACCCAAACGACGACCAGAACCCCAGCCCGGCUCCCAAGAGUUCCAGGAUCCUGCUGCUGGAGCCCCGGCCAGCACUACCUCGCAGCAGGCUCCGUACACACAGCUGGGCUCCCUGCUGAAGAAACGGUACCCAGCAGCCGACGAGAUUGAGGUUAUCGGAGGCUACCUCUCCCUGGGCCGUUCUUGCCUCUCCAAAACCGGCUCCACCGGCAAGAAGCUGAAGAUCUCCUUCAAUGAGUCGAGCCUGCACAGCACCUUCGAGUACCCCUCGGAGAGCAGCCUGUGGGGUGACGAUGAUGAGGACGAGGAGGAGAAGGAGGAGGAGGAGGAGGAGGCCAAGGCAGAGCGCAUCUCCAUCCCACGGCCCAGCUACUCCAGCUCUCCCACGCAAGCCCCCUCCAGCAUGGCAGACCUUUCUAGCUACACCCCAAAGCACGGUGUAGAUUUCAGCAGCUGGCAGGAACAGAAGCUGGACGACCCUACUUUCCUCACGAACCCCGAGUCCCGAGAGCCGUCCGCAGAGGACGUGAUGCUCACUCCUGCCGACAGCACAUCCCUCUCGGACUUCAGCAGCGAGCCUGCCCUUUACUUUUGACCCCAAUGUGACCUGCAUGGGGACCAGCGCCUGCCUGCCCAGAAAGCCCACAUCACGCCAUGGGACCAGAGACCCCCCGCCACCUACCACCCGACCACGGCUGGACCGCGAACCUGUCAGAGCAGGGCUCCUCUACUGUCCCCACCUGCUUAACCCCCACCCCCCCCCCCCCCAUCUAGAACGAGACUGCUUUGGACUGUGAUAUGCAAGACCGAGCAUGUCUGAAGUGAGAUUAUUUUCCUUUAUCCAGCAUCCAUCCUUUCAAACACCCCCACUGGAAGAGAAGUUGUAAGCAGUUCUAAGUCUCACAUGUGGGUGCGUCAUAUUAUGACUGGCCAAGACAUACGUCUAGGCUCAUACCAUUUUGUCUAUGGAGGGGGGGAUACCUUCAAAAUUAACAUGAGCAAAAAACAACAACUGGACCACCAGACAUCUGUGUCUGGAUUCGCUGUAGUGAUGUGGGGUGUUGCGGUAUAAAAACAUUCCAAGAUGAACAUAGACAUCAGGAUUUAAGAAAAAAAGAUCAAAAAUGAUUUUGAUAGUGAAAAAGGUGCCACACAUCUUCUCUGUGUUUUUGUAAAUGCAUGAUCUGAUUUCUGGUGAGUCCACGUCUCUAAUGUACACACUCCUCUAAGACUCUUUUUUUUUUAAUUAUUUUUUAAAAAUAAGUAUCUAUGCCGUAUCUCGGAAGCAGAUGCCCGGAUGGCCGGACCCUGAGCAGUUUACAUUAGAUCUGGGGUGAAGGUCACGAACCUCUUUUGAGUUUUCAGGCAGCUAUGCUAAUGUCUGCCCUGACAUGACCCGGGAUGUGACCCGGAGAUUAUGCGCGUCCUGACUCCUUUACAUGAAUGAUGUGGGUUCAUAUCCCAGUAGAGAAGCCUGCUUAUGACUAUGGUGUAAAAAAUGUUUUAGAUGAAGUUUAUCAAAUUCGUGGGCAUAUUAGUAUAUAUAAAUAUAUAUAUUACUCUUACUGUAAUUACAAAUUCCACCUCAUUACUGGAGAUGUUAUGUGGUAUACAGACGACAAAUUGUUAAUUUACCUAACCGAGCUACUCCGCCCUGUUUCUGAGAUGUCUUGAAAGGCUUUUGCCAUCAGUAAUAAUUAGGUUUUUAACGGUGGACAUGUCUAAAAUAUUUUAGCCUUAAAGAUGUUGUUAGGUUUGCUGUCUGUUCCGGUGUAGGGGGUUUGCACCUAACCCAGACGGUAACUGCUAUUCCUGAGGUGACUGUCUGUUCUGAUGGGCUUCGACAGAAUCCUCAGCCAGAUGCAUUGUGGGAAAGGCAGAGGAUUUCUCUGCAAGAAUUCUGCAUAAACCGGUGGCACAGAUCAAACCUGGAGUGGUAUGAAACGAUUUAGGAAGGUUGUAACCCUGUUGGAGUUGUGUUGCACACUUAUAGGGCCUUGUUUACCCUCAUGUACAGGGAAGUCGCUUGGUUUCACUGGUGACCAGCGUGUCGGCGGAAAUGGUAGUUAACCCAUCCGCGCUUGUGAUGAUGAAGCUGGUGGCUAUGUUAAUAUUCACGAAAUUGAAAUCAGAGGCCGUUUUGUGUGAGGUUGUGACUCCUCCCUCUUUUUAGAUGGAUUCCUAAAACACGCCAAGUGACUCUUAUGCAUGUACGUAAGUCGACUGCUACCGUGGUCCCCUAACCAACAUUGUGAUCACCACGCACCUCAAAUGUCCUCCAUUGGCCAGUAUUGUUGUAUAGCCUAUAGCCUCUGGGACAGUGUUUUGAUCAAGUUUAAGUUAUUUUGUGCAUUUUCUUCCCUCUUAUCAUACCUUAAAGCCAAUAGCUAAAGUGAUUUCCGUGAGACAAGACGCUGAUAACCAAUUAGGGAUGUAGGUAGUGGGGCUGGAGACCAGAGGAGGAGGUCUGAGAAGAUUUAGCAUCUUACUUUUAAUGCUCUUAAGUUUAUUAAGUUAAUUUGCACUGUUUUUUUUUGUUUUAUAAUUGCUUCAUUUGCACUUCACGCCGUUUGUCCGCCCUCCAUCCAAUCAACGGACAGCGUGAACAAGGCAAAGGGAGGGUGGAAGCGGGUGACCCAGCACAUCAAAGAAAUGUGCGAUUACCAGUGUCCGCCCCCCCGGCAGGCAUCGGCUGGCAAAGGAAUAUCUGCAAUGCCACCCGAGAGUGCUCAACACAGCCUAGUCUUAUACCACCCCCCCCCCCAUUAAGUGAAGGCCAGGCCUGUAGCCCUUCCAACGACGAUCACUGCCCAAGAAUCCCUGGACACCCUUCAUCCAGCCAUGAGCUGCAGAGCAACAAAUGGGGCAUCAUACCAGUUAAUGGAGAAGUGCUAGUUAAUGGAUGAAGUGAGAGGCCAGUGUCUGUGUAACAGAGACCAGGGGUUAAUAUGAGCCAGCCUGUCUCAGAUGAGCCUUCACCCCCCCCCUCCCCACCCCUUCCCUCGAGACUCGAGAGUGCUCUCGCUGCUACGCAGGCUCCUUGAUUGAUCUGCUGCAAGGUCACUCACGUACAAGAGUGUGGGGGUCAUUCAAGCAGAAGCACCAAUUAGAAAAGACCUUGACAGCAGGGGGGGGGCGGGCCAUAGAGUGACAUCAGUGCCACCACUCUCUGGGAUUUAUACCUCAAAGCAGACACAAUUCACAUACAUAUCAGUAGUAUUCUGAAAAGGUAAAGUUACCAAAAGGGAACAGUGGUAACAACAGCAGAUGUCUUUGAGGCUAUGAAAUUUAUAUUAUAUUAAUAAUGGAAAUCGAGACAUCGGAUUGGGCCAGAUGCCUGCCUGUAGAGGAUGAUUGGCUAGGACUGAUGUGUGGGAAAAACAUCCCAGUUUCACCAUUGUCUCUCCAUGUACACAAAAUGUUUUUUUUUUUUUUUUAAAUAUGGGAUUUUUUUUUUACUGUAUUCCUUUUCUUUGUCAAUCAAUUGUCCGCAUCAGAUAAAUGUACUAAUACAAUAAUUUAUACUUGUAAAUGAUUAUGAGAAAAAAGGUUGUCAAAAAAACUGAGAUGCAAAUGGGGAAAAAGAAAAUAAAUUGAUGAAGCCUAGAAUGUGGCGAAUCUUGCCGGUCUGGGCUGUGAUGCACGCUGAAGUCCUCACUGCAAGCUGCUCGACUUCAUUGUAGCAAUAUUUCAAAUCUUUCAGUCCAUUAGAUAUCUACGAGGCCACUGGCUACUUCGACGUCAUUCCACCAAUCAGAUAGUGCCACCCGCACCAAUCACGAAGCUGCACACAGCAAGGUCGUUCAAAGUGUAGAG